UUUAAUGAAUUUGAAAUUCAUGAACAAUUAGAAGCGGAUGAAUGGAAGUCGCCCUAUCAAAAGAGAGAAGAAGCUAGAUUAGCGGCACAACAAGAUGAAAUGAGAAGACUUACAGGUUAUGCAACAACCGGAAAAUCCCCUACAAACGUAAAUAGAUGUACAGGUAUAAGAUGCCCAAGUGGAUAUACUUGUAAUCAUGAAGGUGUUUGUGUAAAGCCAUGUGGAAGAGUAUGGUGUAUUGUUUCUACUGAGUGUGAAAAGGAUCUAUUUGGUAUUAAAUUCUGCAGGUAA